GAGGCGCACUGUGGGGAGAGAGGAAAAAGUUCUCAACAAGGAGAGGCAGGACUACUCUUACGGAGCCCCUGCAGUCUCACUUUUUAUGCCUCUAAAACACUUUCCCUGCCAUCCUUUUGCAUUUUUUGCUCAGCAACGACGCUUUUACGUUUCCCAGAGAGAAUUUCUACUUUUUCUUUUUUUUUUUUUUCUUUUUUUUUUUUGACUUAAGUGAAAGCACCAGCACCAUGGAGCUGCUCUGCCUCGAAAUGGACACCAUCAUACGAGCUCGUCCCGAUCCGAACCUCCUGUGCGAUGACAGAGUCCUGCAGAGCUUGUUGACCAUAGAGGAGAGAUUUCUACCCCAAUAUUCCUAUUUCAAAGGCGUCCAGAAAGAUAUUCAGCCCUUUAUGAGGAGGAUGGUCGCGACUUGGAUGUUGGAGGUUUGUGAGGAGCAGAAGUGCGAGGAAGAAGUUUUUCCCCUGGCCAUGAACUACUUAGACAGAUUUUUAGCCGUGGUACCCACCAAAAAGUGUAACCUGCAGCUGCUGGGAGCAGUGUGCAUGUUUCUUGCAUCCAAAUUGAAAGAGACUCGUCCAUUAACCGCAGAGAAGCUUUGCAUCUACACAGAUAACUCCAUCAGACCACAAGAGCUGCUGGAAUGGGAACUGGUGGUGUUGGGGAAGUUGAAGUGGAACUUGGCAGCAGUAACGCCGAACGACUUCAUCGAGCAUAUUGUGAGGAGGCUGCCGCUGCCCGAGGAUAAGCUGGCACUUAUACGCAAACAUGUCCAGACCUUCAUCGCCCUCUGUGCCACAGAUUUCAGAUUCGCCAUGUACCCUCCCUCCAUGAUUGCCACAGGAAGUGUGGGGGCAGCAAUCUGCGGCCUACAGCUGGAUUCAGCUGACCAGUCACAGUGGGGCGACAGCCUGACAGACCUGCUGGCCAAAAUCACAAACACAGAAGUGGAUGUUCUCAAAGAGUGCCAGGAGCAGAUUGAGCGCGUGUUGGUGAGCAGCCUGCGCGAGGGGCGACAGCAGCAGCAGCAGCAACAGCAGACACAGAGAGGCCCCAGCGGGAAAGGCCUGGACGAGCUGGAUCAAUCCUCCACCCCGACAGACGUCCGCGAUGUCAACUUGUGAACCACCAGAGGGCGUCGUUGCACAGGAUUUACAACAACAAAAAAUCAUCAUGAAAAAAACCCCCUCAAUUUUGUUAAAAGCAGAAAAAAAAGAACAAAAGAACAAAAAAUGUUAAAAACACAAGCCCUUUAAAAGAAAAAGAACAAUGCUUGCUAGUUUUUUAUUUGUAGAUUUUCUGUUCUUCAAGUCCAAAACACCUACCCACGAAAUAGAUUUUCUGUGAUGUUCUUGUCUAAAAGCAAUGCAUUUGAUACAAGAUGAAGCUCUGUGGUGCCUUGGAUAUACAGAAGGGAAGCCAAUCAUAUUUGCAUUCUGCCUUUGAUUGUAUAGUAUGAUCUUUAAGUUAUAUUUUAACCAUAGCUUGAUAAUGAGGCUCUUAUGUUAGAAGUUGUGGAAACCAUUCAGAAAACUGCAUACAUGGGAUCACAGUGGGGCUUAAGGUUUUUUUUCUGUUUUGUUUAAUAUGAGUAUUAUCACUAUUACAUUCGUGGCUGGUGUAAGAGAGGACGAGAUCUCCCAUCAGAAGAGACAGACAGAAGAAGCCGUGAGAACAUUAUGCUAAAAGUUGGUGGGUCCCAAUUCCAGGGAACAGGCAGGAUGAUAAUAAUUAUUGGUAGUAUUAGUAAUUAUUAUAAUUAAUAUUAUUAUUGGACAUAUUUUUGGAACUCAGUAGUAGAGAUCAAUAAGCUCCUUUUGUCAGGCUGCUUGUGUGCGUCAGUGUUGGGGUGCAGUCUGCAAGCGUGUGUGUUUGUAUGUGAGUAUGCCAGUUUGCAUGCAUGCCUGUAUGUGUGUUUGUGUGUGUGUGUGUGUUGUGUGUGGUGUAUGAAUGCUUCAUGUGAUCCUGUAUCUAUAUUAGCAGUGUGCAUUCGAUGGUGUGAGGCAGUCGUAGCUAUACAGUUCUUUGUUAAAAGACGAUGGAGCGAGCGAAGGUUACACACACUUUGUCCGUCAGUAUAACAGGGCAUCUAUGCGAUAUCACUGCCUUCAUGCAUUAACAAUGUGUCAUGGUUCAUUAUUGGCCAACAAUAAACUAUGACCGAAACAGAGAAAGACUUAGUGAAGGAGGACAUGGGCGAAGGGGCCGUCACAUAGAGCCCCUUUAUCUGUCUAAGAGCAUUUUUCCUGAGGUGUCUUGCCUCACACUCAGAGGUCAUGUGAGGUGUUUGUUUAUUACUGCCAUUCUGUUAAUGAAAUAUUACAGAUACUUCAUUCUUUUUCACGUUGUUACAAUAUGGUGUUUCUUAAGUUGUGAAAGGCUGCUUUGAGUCUGGAGAGUACUAAUGACCUCCCAUAUGUGCAGUGUGUAUGGCACAUGUG